AUGGUCUAUCGCCUACCACCACGUCAGACCAACAAGGGAUAUCGUGCAGCCGACUGGGGUCUUGACAAACCCCUCUGGACUGGUCGUCUCAAGGUGACCCUCAAGGGCAAGAAAUGCACCGUCUCGCUGACAGAUACUACAACCGGUGCCCUCUUUGCCGAGGCACCCAUCGACAGUGAUCCCAGCAACUGGGUCGAAAGCGUCAUUGACAGUUCUCGCUACUUUGUCUUGAAGGUCGUCAACCAGGGGCGCCAUGCGUUCUUGGGAAUGGGCUUUGCAGAUCGCUCCGAGGCCUUUGAUUUCAGUGUAGCGCUGCAGGACUUUGGAAAGUCCCUCAAAAAGUCGGCAGAUGCACAGACAGAGGAAGAGUACGUGCCCAAACACGAUCUCAAGAUGGCAGAGGGCCAAACCAUCAAAAUCAACAUCAAGACCAAGAAACGGGAUGAUGAUGAUGAGGAGCCGGCAACCAAGUCCAAGUCCGCACCCAUGGGUAAAUCAGGCAUUGACUCGCCUGCUUCUCAGCCUCGUGGCAGCUUUGGCCUCUCUCGACUUGAUGUGAGUGCUCGCCUUCUCUAG